AUGAUCGUGGUGAGAGAGGUCGUCUUCGUCAUUGUGAUCUUCCUUCUGGUCUCCUACUGUCUCGCCGAUCAUCAUGGCGACUCCCCCGGAGACGAUUCGCCCGAAGACCAUGGAUCUGGGAGGGAAGUCGAGAGAGAGAAGGAGAAAGAGAAGAAGAAGAAGGAGAAGGGCGAGGAUUACUACGACGGAGAAUCGCAAUCUUUGUUGGCGGACGCGGACAUCGACGCCAUGUUCACAAACCUUCCGACAGACUCCACAAAAACAACGAAGACCAAAUCGAAGGACUCGAAGAAGGAGGAGAGCGAGGAGAGCGGAGGAUCUUCGCCUGUCGGAUUCUGGGAUCACCUCAUGUCUGGCGGUUUCGAUACAGAAACUGCAGCUCCGAUCGUCUCCCUGGAACAGGUACCGACAACUCCGUCCCCUGCAGCAGCCGGGACCACUCCGCCGUCAGAAGAGACCCCUCCGCCUCCGCCUCCGAAGACCGACGACGACUGUUCACAGGAAGGCCGUGGCGGCUCUCCGUUCUUCUCGAUUCCCCGUCCAGUCGACAUCUGGGACCGUCUUUUCGCCCUCGCCGCAUUCCCGAUUUGCUUCUUCGCAGUCAUGCUCAAGGCCGAAAUGUAUCGAUGA